CGCCCCCUGGCUCAAGUACCGCGAUGGGCCGCCCCUUGAGACUUGACGUCUCAUGGCUCUCGCUCGGUGUCUUUCCUUUUCGUUGGUUUCUGCGGCGCUGAGUAUCCAUGUCACGCAGACCUCAGAGCUGAGCAGUCUUCUUACCCGGGGCCCAGUCGCAGUAGCCCGUCCACGAUCUUCCUUGAGUCUUUUAGAGCAGCGCGGCAGAUAUUUCGCCCAUGCUCACGUGCGCUCGAAGCGCCAGAACAGCAGCUGCACCACCCCCAGUCUGCAAGGACACCUCCGCAACGCCAGCACCAUAGAUGUGGAGAACCGCCUGCAAGCAGGCAAGCCGGUCUCUUUCAUCCGAAUCGGGGAUGGCGAUGUCUUCUGCAUGUCCGGCUCUGGUGGUCAGAACUUGGAAGGUUAUGGCGAGUACAAAAGCCAGUGCAAAGAGUUGGGCACGUCGCUGCAGCAGCUCGGGGAGCAGGAUGACAGCAACAUGUACGUCUUGGUGGGUGCGUUCUUUCUGUGUGGUGGUGUUGGCGAUCGAUUUGAGAGCUUCCUCCAGACUCAGCAGCUUCAUUCCAACUUCAAAGGUUUCCUCACAUCGAUUUUCUACUUGGACCUGUCCGGCUUGGAGCAGCCGAAAGGUAGCGGGCACUAUGGCGAGGUCCCAAACCCUGUGGUUCCCACCACCUUCCCCGCCUUGGUGGGGCGGAAGGUUGUGGUGCUGGGGCCGGACCACCUGAGACGGCUCACGAAAACCCUGAACAUCGCCAGCUUCUUGGAUGCCUCCAACGCAGCGGAUCGAGUGGAUGAGCUGGUGACCAAGAUGAAGGCAGAAAGUGCCAAGUGGCCCAAGGAGAAUGUUGUGUUUUUAAUCUCCGGCGGCUUCGGUGGCAGGCUGGCAGUGCUGCGCGCCUUCAAGGAGCUUGGCCAGAAGGAUAGCUUCAUCGACACGGGCGCCUCCUUGGACGGCUUCGCCGGCGUGGCGAGCCGCGACUUCAACGAUAAAGCACGCCUCUGCGGGAUCUUGCCGGAGUACAUGGCGCCGGGCCUUUGCAACUGCCAUGGCAACCAGUGUGUGGCGGCGUGAGGGUGCCCAGCUAGGUAGUUGUUCAGAGAAUACAUGCUGGUGCGAUAGGCAGGGAAUGAAAAAUGGAGCUUCCCUUGUGGUUUCCUUUAAGGGGACACAAUCCCUACUGAGCACCAGCAAGAAAGGCCGGAGAAGAAGCCAAGAGGCGAACGGCCCCAGCCUUCUUCCAGAAAGUAUCCGAGAGCCGAUGAUGCAAUGCGGUAUGCAUCAUGCGCGCUCCACGUCCUCUAGAUCAACCUCGUCCUCGAAGGGGAAAGCGAGACACGCAUGCGCGAUGGCUGGACACA